AUGGACUGGACUGGCCCGGCGGCCUCGGGGACGCGCCGCCCUAGGCGGAUGCUCCCGAUGCUGGGGCGGGCGAGGGGGCCGGCUGCGGGUUCGGGGGUGCGGAGCGGGGUACCUGCGCUCGCAGAGGGCGCUUGGGAGGGUCGCCCGGCGCGCGAGGACGGCUGGAGCGCUGCGCCGCGGUCCGGGCUGCAGUAUUUAUCCCGGGCCGCUGGCCGCGGCUCUUUGUUGCCGGAAGAACCUCCUGCUCUUAGCCCGCCCCCCCGGCCGGAGGCCACGUGGCUUUGUUUAUGGGCCCGGCCUGGUUUCCGAGGCGCCCGCGCUCCCGCUCCUCUAGCUGUUGCACAACCGCGCGCCGGGGGAAACCUGAAGCUGGAGCUCCCGCGGCCCCUUAGCCCGGUCCCUCUGCGUGCCCUCCCCGUCCCCGGGGCGCAGCUGCUGCCGCGGGGACAACCAGGCCCGGCGCUCGCGAAGCCGCGCCCCGUCCUCCUGCAACUCCCGGGCUGGCGAGGAAGCCUUGUAAUGCUGAGCCCCUCAAGAUGAAGAAUGUGCUAGGCC